UCAGAUCAGUGCCGCAUUCGACCUCGAAACACUGAAUCUUUGGAUCUGACUCGGUUUGUAAACCGGGACCCUGCACAUUAUCGUUUAUCUGUGCGCACAUUUAAUGUAAUUUCCGUAGGAAUCCAGAUUUAAUGAAACGAAAUACCGCGCAUUUGUUCGUGUAGUUUAGAGACGCUCCCUCGCCUGGCCCCCGCCCCGCCCCUCUCGGGAGGCGGAAGUGUGACGUGUGUUUGAGCGGUUGGUGCGGUGUGUUGUUGUGCUCGGUCGUAUCUCCCGGGAUGAGCUGCUGUCUGUAGCGGGUCGGUGAUGCUGCGGCGGGUUCGAGCUCAGCUCCGGCAGGUGGUGGAUCAGAUGGCGAAGAGACCCGAGCUGUGCUGCGGCGCGAUCCUGCUCACCUGCGCGCUAAUACUGCCCUUAACCCUCACCUGCAGUCGUGUGAAGAGUGUGGUGGCGUCUCCUCGUGCUCCGCUGCGCUUCUUCCCGUCCGAGGCUCCUCUGGUGGAUCUGUUCCUGGGUCAGUUAGAGGAAGUGGAUGGUCUGCUGGAGGAAGCGGAUGUGUCUCUGGUGUUCUACUACGCCCCCUGGUGUGCUCACUGCCUCGCUGCACGACAGCACGUCCAGCAGGUGGCGCUGCGGCUCGCUCAGCAGGUGCAGUUUGUGGCGGUGAACUGCUGGUGGCAUCAGGGCAGAUGCAGGAAGCAGAAGAGCUUCUUCCAGUAUCCAGUCAUUCAUCUGUUCUACAGGAGGGUCGGUCCAAUCCAGUACAGGGGUCCGGUCCGGUCUGAGUAUCUGGAGAGCUUCAUUCAGAGAGUUAGUGCUCCGCUCACCUACCUGCCCUCCGUUAGAGCCCUGCACACCUUCCUCACACAGCACCAGCAGGCUGUGGUGGGUUAUUUCCAGUUUAACUCGUCUCCUCAGCCGGCCGGUUACAUCUCCUUCCUGUUGUCUGCUCUGCACGCGCUCAGACGAGAUCAGCAGGGGGAGGUGCGCUUCGCUGUGGUGACCAAUCAGGCGGUGGCAGGGGGCGUGUCUCUCCGGGAGGAUGAAAGUGUGUAUCUACACCGGCGUCUGAACAGCUCUCUGGUGUUCCCGCGGUCACAGAGGAACUUCACUGCACAGGCCAUCUGUGAUUGGGUGUUUGAGAACAGAGAGAGCGUCAUUCACUGGAUUCAGCCAACGGGAGCCAAGAGUUACGCACUGGAGGCGGAGCUACAGAAAGGCCCCGCCCUCCUGACCUUCCUCCCACACAAUCCCCUCACAGCCAAUCAGCUGCUGACACAGGUGACUGAUGUGGCGCUGCAGUAUCACUCGUGCAGCGGCUCACAGGAGUCCCCCCCGCGCUGCUGUCAGUCUGUGCCGGAUCCGUGGGCCGGUGUGAGUGUGUGUGAGCUGUGUGUGUCUCACUGCUGGGCUCUGGAGCGGUCUCUGCAGCGGGUCAGUGUGUCGUCCUGCAGGAGCGUCCAGAGCUCGUACGCUGUGUUCGGCCGCUGGAGUGUGUGCUGCAGGCCCCCCCCAGACUCCAUCACAGGCCUGCAGUGCCGCUCCAACAACACCCUGCGCUUCUACCUGCUGGACACUCAGCUGCACUGGACACUGGCACAGAGACUCGGAGCGUCCGCUGACCAGAGCCUGCCCUUCAUCACCAUCAUCAACCUCAGAGACGAGACACACUACGUGCUCGACCGCACCGACACACUGGGAGACUUCAUCCAGAACUUCAGUGUGUCCUACAGUCCUCUACACAGACAUCUGGUGGGACAGAAACCACAGCAGCACACACAGUCCCUCAUACAGGAAGUGACCUCAGACAGCUUCCUGCAGACCGUCAUGGACUCUCAGAGGGACGUGCUGCUGCUGUAUUACUCGGUCUGGUGUGGCUUCUGCUCGGCUCUCAAUCAUGUGUUUCUGCAGCUGGCUCGUCUGUUCCAGGGAAACAGCGCCCUCACGGUGGCCAGAGUGAAUGUCGGCCAGAAUGAUCUGCCCUGGGAAUUUAUGGUGGAUCAUGUGCCGUCUGUGCUGUUCUUCCCCAGACACAGGAAGCAGAUGAGUGUGAAGUUUCCUGAAAACAUGCCCAUGACGGUUCCCAACCUGCUGCGGUUCGUUCUGCAGCACACAGGCCACGCCCACAGCACACAGGAGUCAGGUGGAAGGGCGGAGCCUCAGUCCCUGCUGGAGGCGGAGCUUCGGGCGCUGCAGCAGCAGGUGUUUUCUCUGCAUCGAGCCAGAGAGCGUCUCUCUCAGCAGCUGUCGAUCCUGUGGAGGGAGAACCGGCGGCUCACGCUGCACAAACACACGCUGGAGACCCAGAAUGCCGAGCUGCAGGAGCAGAGCUUGCAGCUGGAGACACUGUACAGAGAGAAAACACGCCAGCUGAGCGACACCGUCCACAGACUGCAGGAGCUCGCAGACGCAUCGGAAGAACUGCUGAAGGAGAACUCACUGCUCCGAGUGCUGCUCACCGUCCUGAGAGAGAGAGACGGACGGGACACUGAGAGACAGGACACAGACGGACGGGACACAGACGGAGAGGACACUGAGAGACAGGACACAGACGGACGGGACACAGACGGAGAGGACACUGAGAGACAGGACACAGACGGACGGGACACAGACGGAGAGGACACAGAGACAGGACACAGACUGACGGGACACAGAUGGAGAGGACACUGA